AGGCCGAUCCUGCCCAACCAGACUUCCCCUGCGACGGCAUGGCAGCGGAGCUGAGUGACCGAGAGAGGAUGCUCGGCCUCCUGCGGUGCCGCACGCCCGCCUGGGAGCACCACGUCGUGCUCUGCGGGCUGCCCCAGACCCAGGUGGGCAGGCUCGGAGGCCGGGGCCUUGUCACGGACCUGAUCGAGACGCUGAACAGGCUGGAUCCAGUGGGGGUCUGCAUCGUGGACCACAGCGCCGAGGAGCGCAUGGCGGAUCUCUGCCUGGUGGAGCCGACGAUGAGGCGCAUGGCUGCCGAGGGCAGCCUCCGCGCAGUGUCCGCGGACCCACGAGACAGGGACAACCUGCUGCUGGGCGGCCGGGUGGGCGCCGCGCGGGCCGUGGUGGCGCUGCCGGAGCAGCUCAGCAACGCCAUGGAGUGCAGCCUGACCAACAUGGGGGACGAGAUCAAGACCCGGCACAAGAUGCUGAAGCAGGUGCUGGACACGAACACUGUCAUCACCAUGCAGGUCGCCCGCGGGUGCGCCGAGCGCAGGCGCCGCCGAUCCAUGACGAAGACCCCCUCCCAGGCGCAGCCGAACAAGUCCAACAAGCUCCACUGCGUGACGCUUCUGCUCCAGGAAAGCACCUCGAACCUGUUUUUCGGCCACGCCAACCAUCGCCACAUGGGCGCCACGCACUCGGUGGACCCACGGUGGAUGGACGCCGCGCCCCUGAACAUGUCGCCCCUGUUCGCCUCCGGCGAGCUCCUGUCCAUGACCUGCUUCGACCGCUUCGCCGUCGAGGCGCUGUUCACGCCGCAGGUGGUGCCCCUGAUCAGGAUGCUCGUCUUCGGCGACCGAUCUGCGGGCACCGGGGAGCCCUGCAGUGGGAGCCGGCUCCACCAGG